GCUUGUUCUCCCGCCGGCGCCUCGCCUUAUGCUCGGCUCCCGCGGCAGAGAGCGGGAGAAAGUGCUGCUGGUGGGCGGCCGCGGGGCUGCGCGUGUCCGGCAUCCCGGGGCCGCUGGGGCCCGGGCGGCGAAGGGUCCCGGCGGUCCAUGCAUCCGCCGCCGCCCGCCGCCGCCGCGAUGGAUUUCAGUCAGAACAGCCUGUUCGGCUACAUGGAGGACCUGCAGGAGCUCACCAUCAUCGAGAGGCCGGUCCGCCGGAGCCUCAAGACACCAGAAGAAAUAGAAAGACUGACAGUUGAUGAAGAUCUCAGUGAUAUUGAAAGGGCUGUUUACCUGCUCAGCGCCGGUCAAGAUAUCCAAGGAACAAGUGUGAUUGCAAAUCUUCCAUAUUUGAUGCGACACAAUCCUUCUGAGACACUUCGGAGAGUUUUGCCAAAAGUCAGAUGUCUUCCAAGGUCCAUGAGGAUGCACACUUAUUUAUCCAGAGAGUAUGGACCUCACAUAUGUUUGUCCCGAGGGUGUGACUCUGUGGAGGAGAACACUUACUGUGGACAGUCCCAGAUGUUGAAGUCAGCACAACAAGAGAAAAACCCAAAUCCUGAUAAGACUUGAGGAUUUUUCGAAAAUUAAAUGCAAAAUAGUUGGGGCAAAUGUUGCUGCGGGAGUGAAGACUAAGUAAUACAGUAAGAAGAUAUGACGUUGGAGAGCUUCUCAUGUUCUUCUUUUGCAUAAAGUUUGCAUAUGCUCAAAAACCAGGACUUUACUGACUUUAAAAGGGGACAGAAUUACAUCUUUUGGAACUUAAAACAGCAGACUCAUGUGAACCGGAAUGUACAUUGUGGCCCUUCACAAUUUAAUAUUUCUUUGCAAAGCCCUUUCUGUUUCUAAAUAAAAACAAUGUCUUCUG